AUGUUAAAUACUGGUGUUAACAGCUGUUUUAAAGUGAUAAGCGGUCUGGCGGACCGCACCAUACCAUCUACGAUAAAUGACCCGAACUUUCAGAACAUUAUAUCAGACAUAUUAGCUGAAGAUUGUUCAGACGUAAGUGAUGAUGUUCAUGAUAAUAUGUGUAUUGAUAGUGAUCAUAACUCCGAAUCGGAACAAAAUGUAAGUGAAUCAGAUGAAAGUGAGACAGACAGUAAUACUGAUAAUGGCGAUGACAUUAGACCAUCAAAAUUCCUAUAUGGUAAAAAUAAAUUUAAAUGGUCGGUUGAGGAGUUCGCGUCUAAAAAUACGAGAACUGCUCGACAUAAUAUCAUUACUAAACUUCCUGGACUGCGUGGCCCAAUUAAACAAUUUGGUGAUACCGCUCGUCCUUCUGAAAUUUGGAAUAUUUUAUUUACUGAAAAUAUAAUAAAUGAAAUAUUGGUUUGGACAAACAUAAAAAUUGAUAGUUUUCGUCAUAAAUAUAAAAAUCAUAUGCAAAGUUUCCUAAAAAAUGUAGACGAAGUUGAGCUAAGGUCAUUGUUUGGUUUGCUAUUUUACUCAGCUGUAUUCAAAUCAAAUCAUGAAAAUGCAAACACCUUAUUUGCAACUGACGGAACAGGACGUGAAAUUUUUCGUCUGGUCAUGAGUAAAAAACGGUUUUUAUUUUUAAUUUCAUGUUUACGUUUCGAUAAUUCUGAUACUAGGACUGAAAGAAAAGAACACGAUCCACUCGCACCAAUUUCUGAAAUUUUUAAUGAAUUUAUUGAAAACUGUAAAUUGAAUUACUCUUUGAGUUCAUGUGUUACCGUGGAUGAGAUGUUAGUAAGUUUUCGUGGUAGAUAUCAUACAGAAAGAAAGUUUUCUAAGCCUACACAAUCAGUUUUACGGUUGUCAAAACCAAUACAAGGGACCAACCGUAAUGUAACUGCAGAUAAUUGGUUUAGUUCCAUAGAACUUGUUGAACUUUUAAAAAAGAAAAAAUUAACAUAUGUUGGUACAUUAAAAAAAAAUAAACGUGAAAUACCUCAAGCUUUUCUACCAAAAAAGAAAAGUACAGUUGGCUUUACUCAAUAUGGAUUUACAAAAGAUCUUACACUUUUAUCGUACGUGCCAAAACCAAAUAAAGCAGUGUUAUUAAUCUCAUCGAUGCACAAUCAAAAAGGGUUUGACAAUGAUGUCCAAAAACCUGAAAUCAUUUCUUAUUAUAAUAGUACAAAAGGAGGCGUUGAUGCAUUGGACGAAAAAUGUUCUAUUUAUUCUACUGGGCGUCGUACUCGUCGUUGGCCGUUAGCAAUUUUUUACAGACUUCUUGAUGUUUCUUCUGUUAAUUCGUAUGUCUUAUAUAAUUCUUUUAAAAAUAACGAAACAAUGACAAGAGCCGAUUAUUUAAAGAGUUUAGCGUUUGAACUUGUGAGUCCAGAAUUAGAAAGACGCUUUGAAAAUACAUGUAUCUCACGUGAAAUAAGAAGUGGAAUUGGAAGAGUUCUCGGUAAAUCAAAAAACUUAAAAGAUACGCCAGUGUACGAAGACAAACUGGAAUCACGAAAAACGUGUCGAAUAUGUCCUCCUAAGAAGAAAAGGAAAACUAUUUAUCAAUGUAAACUCUGUGGGGAUCCCAUAUGUCUUGAGUGCAGCAGAAAAAUUUGUUCAAAUUGUUUCGGAAACUAA